AUGUUAAAUAAGAUAAAUUCACCAAUUGAUAUCUUAUGUCGAGAAUUAUAUCGACUUGAUAAUGAUAUUGAUCGAUUACAAAUGCUUAUAACACUGAAAUCUCAUUUACAUCAUUUACAACUUACACCUUGUACACUUCAAUAUUUUUUUUCUCUUUUUAAUAAUGAACAAUAUCGUUUACAAGCCAUUCAUCAAUUAAUUCCUUUUAUUCAUAUAUUUAUUACAUCUGAUAGUCUUCCAAUACUUCUAGAUCUUUUUACUAAUAAUGAAUAUCGUUUAAAAUUAAUUGAAAUAUUAAAAAAUAAUGAACUAUUAAAAACAAAUAAAGAAAUUAUUGAACUAUUAGAUAAUGAAUAUUUUCUUGUAAAAAAUUUUAAAUCAAAACAAAUUGUUGAUAAUCAAGAAACGAAUAUAUCUCCAUCAACAACAUCGAAUAUGACAAGAGUUUUAUCAAAUACAUCAGGAGUAUUUGAAAAAGCUAAACAAUUUGUUUGUCGUGUAUUUGGUAGUUCAUCAUCUUCAUUCGAUGAACAAUUAACAAAUAAACGAUUAAUUAAUGAAGUUAAUUCUUCAAUAGAUAAUAUUCAACAAAAAAAAUUUCAUUCGAUUAAUAAUAAUGAUUUACAAUUUCAAUCAACACCAAUUUGUUUAUCAAAAAGUUAUACAUCAAUAAUAACGAAAUCACCACCACCACCUUCACCUAUAGAACAAUCAAUUACUCGUCAAUCAUCUAUGAUAUUUCAUGUAGAUGAAACAUCAUUACCGAUACAAUCAAUGAUGGUAACACAGAUUCAUUCAAUUCUUGAUAAUAUUGAUUCAGUUCUUGAUAAAAUUGAAGCACAAACUAAUUCAAUUGUACAACGACCAGCUUUUAAUGAAAAUUAUCCACGUAUUCAAACAACAAAUUCAGUUCAAUUAGAUAUUCAUGUAUCUGAAGAUUUACCAAAUACAUUUAUACAACAAAGUACAGAUCAGAUUACUCAAACAGCUCUUAAUAUUGUUGAACGUCAUUUAAAUAUGAAUGAUGGUAGUGGUGAUACUGCACCAGCAUUUAUCGAUCUACUUGAUUUUAUUGAAGAAUCAAAUUCAAUUAUAUCAUCUGAAGAUAAUGAAGAAAUAAUUGAUAAUUCGGAUUAA